GGGCUCCUCUGACAGUCUCAGGCAGAGAGCUCAGCUCUACACAUCUCCUCUUGCAUGCAACUCACUGAGAGGGAGAGGCAAGCCAAACCUCCCCUUUCUGCCUGCAUCCCAAGCCAUCAAGGACCGGUUUUAGCAUCUCCAAUACCCCCACUUUUCCCCACCAGUUCUUCCUAGAGAGACACCCUGGAUUCUUACAUCCCCAAAGAGGAAACAAACAAAGAGUUGAUAAAACAGCCAAAACCUCUUCUCAACUGCGAAGGUCCUGCAAGCUCUUUCAGUGCCAAGCGAGCAGUUAUGGGCGGGAUCACCAUCAAUGCACCCUGAAGACUGACUUUGGUUUUGCUCUCCCAAUGGUUAUAUCCUUUCUGAGUUCACCACCACCUCACUGCCGCAUUUGUCAUCGCUUCUAGGAAUCUGGAAUUUGAGAGUUGGCCUUUACCUCUGCACUCGCUCUCUCUCCUCACAACAACUGUCACUUUUGUGUUUUCCACCAAAACGAGACCACCGUGGGUUUUCUGCCCUUCAAGAAAGUGGAUCACCUGGAGAAUUCUUGCCACGCACCCCCUCCUUCUGAGAUAAAGGCCUCCGGAUCCUAACGGAUAGCUGAGAUCUUUCCUUGGAGAGGUGAAUUCUCGUGGCUGAUCAAGUGUGUGUGCUCCCUCUGUGCUUUUCUUAUCCUGUGGAAUUUAUCAGUUACAGUGAUUUUUCCUGGGGUCCUUCUCACCAGUGCUGUGGCUUUUAUAUUUUAUCUAGGGAAGAGCAGGUUUUUGCAACAAUGGGCUUCACUCUCCACUCUGUCUGCUUCACCCUGAAGGUGAGCUUACUGCUGGGCUCUUUACUGGGCCUCUGCCUGGGUCUGGAGUUCAUGGGCCUCCCCAACCAAUGGGCCCGCUACCUCCGCUGGGAUGCCAGCACCAGAAGCGACCUGAGCUUUCAGUUCAAGACCAACGUCUCAGCUGGGCUGCUCCUCUACUUUGAUGAUGGUGGUGUCUGUGACUUCCUCUGCCUGUCCCUGGUUGAUGGGCGCAUCCAGCUCCGGUUCAGUGUGGACUGUGCCGAGACCACGGUUGUCACAGAAAAGCAGGUCAAUGACAGCAAUUGGCACUUCCUCAUGGUCAGCCGUGACCGCCUCCGGACCGUGCUGGUGCUGGAUGGUGAAGCCAAGCCUGGUGAAGUGCGUCCACAGCGCCAGAACAUGAACAUAGUCAGUGACCUCUUUGUUGGUGGCGUUCCAUCAGACAUCCGCCCUGCAGCCUUGACCCUCGAUGGCAUCCUGAGUGAGCCUCCAUUUCAGGGAUUUAUCCUGGACCUGAAGUAUGGCAACUCAGAACCGCAGCUGCUCGGCAACCAGGGGGUCCAUCUGGACAUGGAGGGACUGUGUGUAGAGAACCCUUGUGAGAAUGGUGGCACUUGUUUCCUUCUGGAUGGUGAGCCACAUUGUGACUGCUCUGCCACUGGAUAUGUUGGCAAAUUCUGCUCAGAAGAUGUCAAUCAUAUUCCAGGCCUCUCACACCUGAUGAUGAGUGAACAAGCGAGAGAUGAAAAUGUGGCCACCUUCCGUGGCUCAGAGUACCUUUGCUACGACCUGUCCCAGAACCCCAUCCAGAGCAGCAGCGACGAGAUCACCCUGUCCUUCAAGACAUGGCAACGUAACGGGCUCAUCCUCCACACGGGCAAGUCAGCUGAUUACGUCAACCUGGCUCUGAAAGACGGUGCGGUCUCCUUGGUCAUUAACCUGGGGUCCGGGGCCUUCGAGGCCAUUGUGGAGCCUGUCAAUGGCAAAUUCAAUGACAACGCUUGGCAUGACGUUAAAGUGACGCGCAACCUGCGGCAGCACUCAGGCAUUGGACACGCUAUGGUGACAAUAUCUGUGGAUGGAAUCCUAACUACCACGGGCUACACACAAGAGGAUUACACCAUGCUGGGUUCAGAUGACUUCUUCUAUGUAGGAGGGAGUCCAAGUACAGCAGAUUUACCUGGGUCACCAGUCAGCAACAACUUCAUGGGCUGCCUCAAAGAGGUUGUUUAUAAGAAUAAUGACAUCCGUCUGGAGCUGUCUCGCUUGGCGAGGAUCAGUGACACCAAGAUGAAGAUCUACGGGGAGGUGAAAUUCACAUGUGAAAAUGUGGCCACGCUGGAUCCCAUCAGCUUUGAGACGCCAGAGGCCUAUAUCAGCCUGCCUAAGUGGAAUACCAAGCGGAUGGGCUCCAUUUCCUUCGACUUCCGCACCACUGAGCCCAACGGCCUCAUCCUCUUCACCCAUGGCAAGCCCCAGGAGAGGAAAGAUGCCAGGAGCCAAAAGAACACCAAGGUAGACUUCUUUUCAGUUGAGCUGCUAGACGGGAACCUCUACUUGCUGCUUGAUAUGGGCUCCGGCACCAUCAAGGUGAAAGCUACCCAGAAGAAAGCCAAUGAUGGAGAGUGGUAUCAUGUGGAUAUCCAGCGAGAUGGCAGAUCAGGUACCAUAUCAGUGAACAGCAGGCGCACCCCAUUCACUGCCAGUGGGGAGAGUGAAAUCUUGGACCUGGAAGGGGACAUGUACCUAGGUGGGCUACCUGAGAACCGGGCAGGCCUCAUCCUCCCCACAGAGCUCUGGACGGCCAUGCUGAACUAUGGUUAUGUAGGCUGCAUCCGGGAUCUGUUCAUUGAUGGACGGAGCAAGAACAUCCGGCAGCUGGCGGAGGUGCAGAACGCUGCCGGGGUCAAAUCCUCCUGCACCCGGCUCGGCACCAAGCAGUGCGACAGUUACCCAUGUAAGAACAAUGCUCUCUGCAAGGAUGGCUGGAACCGCUUCAUCUGCGACUGCACUGGCACUGGCUACUGGGGCAAAACAUGUGAGCGGGAGGCUUCCAUCUUGAGCUACGAUGGUAGCAUGUAUAUGAAGAUCAUCAUGCCCAUGGUCAUGCACACAGAGGCAGAAGAUGUGUCUUUCCGCUUCAUGUCCCAGCGUGCCUAUGGGCUGUUAAUGGCCACCACUUCACGGGAUUCUGCUGACACCCUUCGCCUGGAGCUUGAUGGAGGGCGUGUCAAACUCAUGGUCAAUUUAGACUGUAUCAGGAUAAACUGUAACGCCAGCAAAGGACCUGAAACUCUGUAUGCUGGGCAGAAACUUAAUGACAACGAGUGGCACACUGUCCGGGUGGUGCGGCGAGGAAAGAGCCUCAAACUGACAGUCGAUGAUGACGUAGCUGAGGGCACAAUGGUUGGCGACCACACCCGCUUGGAGUUCCACAACAUUGAAACGGGGAUCAUGACAGAGAAGCGGUACAUCUCCGUCAUCCCCUCUAGCUUCAUCGGUCACCUCCAGAGUCUCAUGUUUAAUGGGCUGCUCUACAUUGACCUGUGCAAGAACGGCGACAUUGACUACUGUGAGCUGAAAGCACGCUUCGGCCUCCGCAACAUCAUCGCUGACCCAGUCACCUUCAAGACCAAGAGCAGUUACCUGAGUCUGGCCACCUUGCAGGCCUACACCUCCAUGCACCUUUUCUUCCAGUUCAAGACUACUUCAGCCGAUGGCUUCAUCCUCUUCAACAGCGGUGAUGGCAGUGAUUUCAUUGCAGUGGAGCUAGUCAAGGGGUAUAUACACUACGUGUUUGACCUGGGGAACGGUCCUAAUGUCAUCAAGGGCAACAGUGAUCGGCCUCUCAAUGACAACCAGUGGCACAAUGUGGUCAUCACUCGAGACAACAGUAACACCCACAGCUUAAAAGUGGACACCAGGGUUGUUACUCAGGUUAUCAACGGUGCCAAAAACCUUGACCUUAAAGGUGACCUCUACAUUGCUGGCCUGGCUCAAGGCAUGUACAGCAAUGUCCCGAAGCUAGUGGCUUCACGCGAUGGGUUUCAGGGCUGCCUAGCAUCAGUGGACUUGAAUGGGCGACUGCCCGAUCUAAUCAAUGACGCUCUCCACCGCAGUGGGCAAAUUGAGCGUGGAUGUGAAGGACCGAGCACCACCUGCCAAGAAGAUUCCUGUGCAAAUCAGGGCAUCUGUAAUCAGCAAUGGGAAGGUUUUACCUGCGACUGUUCCAUGACUUCAUACUCUGGGAGCCAGUGCAAUGACCCUGGUGCCACAUAUAUCUUUGGGAAGAGUGGAGGCCUCAUCCUGUACACCUGGCCAGCAAAUGACAGACCCAGCACGAGGACAGAUCGUCUUGCUGUAGGCUUCAGCACGACUGUGAAGGAUGGCAUCCUGGUUCGGAUUGACAGUGCUCCUGGGCUUGGUGACUUUCUGCAGCUUCACAUAGAGCAAGGCAAGAUUGGCGUGGUCUUCAAUAUUGGCACAGUGGAUAUUUCUAUCAAAGAGGAGAGCACCCCAGUGAAUGAUGGCAAAUAUCAUGUGGUGCGCUUUACUAGGAAUGGUGGGAAUGCCACACUUCAGGUGGACAGCUGGCCAGUGAACGAACACUACCCUUCAGGCAACACUGAUAAUGAACGGUUCCAAAUGGUAAAACAGAAAAUCCCCUUCAAAUAUAACCGGCCCGUAGAAGAGUGGCUGCAAGAAAAAGAUGAUGCAACACCGCAUCACCACUUGACUUCAAGACCCGUCACGACGACCACCAAAAUUGGACGACAGUUAACGAUCUUCAACACCCAGGCGCAAAUAGCCAUUGGAGGGAAGGACAGAGGGCGUCCCUUCCAAGGCCAGCUCUCCGGUCUCUAUUACAAUGGCUUGAAAGUGCUGAACAUGGCAGCAGAGAACAACCCCAAUAUUAAAAUCAACGGAAGUGUCCGGCUGGUUGGAGAAGUCCCAUCCAUCCUCGGAACAACACCCACAACCUCCAUGCCACCAGAAAUGUCUACCACAGUCAUGGAAACCACCACCACCAUGGCCACCACAACUACCCGAAAAAACCGCUCGCCACCCAGCAUCCAGACCACUGAUGACAUUGUUUCAUCAGCUGAAUGUUCCAGCGAUGACGAAGACCUCAUUGAAUGUGAGCCGAGUACAGGUAAGUCAGGAGGUGAAUUAGUUAUCCCUCUACUUGUAGAAGACCCUUUAGAUAUCCCUCCUAUUGCUACUCGUGCACCUUUCAUUACACUCCCCCCUACCUUUCGCCCCCUCCUCACCAUUAUUGAGACCACCAAAGAUUCCCUGUCCAUGACCUCUGAGGCGGGGUUACCUUGCUUGUCGGACCAAGGCAGCGAUGGUUGUGAUGAUGAUGGCUUGGUGAUAUCUGGGUAUGGCUCAGGGGAAACCUUUGACUCUAACCUACCCCCUACUGAUGAUGAAGAUUUUUACACCACCUUCUCCUUGGUAACAGAUAAGAGUCUUUCCACUUCAGUCUUCGAAGGUGGCUACAAAGCACAUGCACCUAAGUGGGAAUCCAAGGACUUUAGACCUAACAAAGUCUCCGAAACUGGUAGGACUACUACCACGGCUUUGUCCCCUGAGCUGAUCCGCUCCACAGCUUCGUCCUCGACUGGGAUGGUGCCCAAAUUGCCCGCUGGCAAAAUGAAUAACCGUGAGCUCAAACCCCAGCCUGACAUAGUCUUGCUUCCGUUGCCCACUGCCUAUGAGCUAGACAGCACAAAGCUGAAGAGCCCGCUAAUAACUUCCCCCAUGUUCCGUAAUGUGCCCACAGCAAACCCCACGGAGCCAGGAAUCAGACGGGUUCCGGGGGCCUCAGAGGUGGUCCGUGAGUCGAGCAGCACAACAGGGAUGGUCGUCGGUAUUGUGGCUGCUGCCGCCCUCUGCAUCCUGAUCCUCCUGUAUGCCAUGUACAAGUACAGGAACAGGGACGAGGGGUCCUAUCAGGUGGAUGAGACGCGGAACUACAUCAGCAACUCAGCCCAGAGCAAUGGCACGCUCGUGAAGGAGAAGCAGCAGAGCACAAAGAGUGGCCACAAGAAACAGAAAAACAAGGACAAAGAGUAUUAUGUGUAAAAAUAUACUUAUUUAUAUAUAAAUAUAUAUAUACUUAAUGAGAUUUAACUGAAAUAUCAGAGCCGUUACAGCUAAUGAGAUUGGGAGCUACAGUUUAUGGGAAAAAAAAUUGGGAAAAAAUUCAGCUGUGACUGUUAACGUCUCAGUCAUUGCUUAGAGUCAGCAAACUCUGCCCUACUGUAUUAUAAAGCACACUUAGUGUUCUGGAGAUGGCACAUGCAGCUCUACCAUGCUGACGGACUUGGAAGUCUCCACAUCUCCUCUUCGCUGAACUUUCCGCAAAAGGUAGAAGAUUUCAUGGCUUACUUGUUUCAUAUCUCCAAGUGAGUCUUAAUGAUGUUCGUGAUCUUUGACUGUAUCGAUCAUUUUUCAGUUUACUUAUUAAAAAAAAAGAAAGAAAGAAAAAGAAAAAAUGCAUAAACAUUUUAAACAAACAAACAAAAAAAUCAAACAAACUGAUCUGGCCGUGUCCAGCAUACGUAUAAUUUUUUGAGAUCUGAGGGGGGCGGGGAAUAAAUGGUUUUGGGACUUGUUGGUUUUUAUUUGUUUUUUUUUUCUUUUUCUUUUUGGGCGUUGGGAGGUGUGAAGGGGAGAAGAGAAUGAACCAGGACAUGAGUCAAGAAGAAAUCUGGGGGGGAGGGACCCACCUAAUAAAUAAAGAGAGACUAUUGCCAUAUAUGAACUCAAAAGCUACCCAUGGUGUUAACUCUACAUAUCUGGUUGUGUGGUCUCUAGAAUCCGUUGUCUACAGUAAGUUAUUUGCUAAUAGCACAGUGAAAGUGUGUAAUGGGUGACGAUGAAGAUGAUUCUUAUGGAAAACUGGUCCCCCUUAGAUUUGGCUUCAGUAUCUGCAACUGAACUCAUGAACAGAUAGGUUUCAGUCUGGUUUGAUUGGGGCCAUUGGCUUUAUUUGACUAUACCAGUGAGUGUGCAUUAACUCAGCCAAACUAUGGCUAAAUAAGUGAGGGGGUUGGGGGGAGCAAAAGAAAAGUGGUGAGCCACUCUGAGCUAGAUAUACGAUGCUAAACGAAGGGAGCCUUUUUUUGGGGUUCUGGUUCUGUGACUGAUUACAAUGCAUGCAAAAAAAUUAAUAAUAAAGCAGUUGAAUAAAGAGGUCAGAAAGACAAUACUGGAGUUCAACCUUUGACAAGAACCAUAAACGUCACACAAGCCAAACACAUGCUGCAAACAAGUGCAAAAUUCAUAGGGGUUUUUUUUGACAUGGAGAUGUUUUUCAUGUGUAAUAUUUUAAUUUUGUAGCUUGACAUUUCUGACUAUCUGUCUUUCCAUUUGCCCUAUUCACCCUUUACUCUCUCUUUUAUAUAAAAGAAAUGAAUAAAGCUGCUGUGACACAAAAAAUAAUACAAGGAGUUAAUAAUAGUAUUAUAUAUAUAAAUAUAUAUAUAUACACAGAUAUAUUUAUCACCAUAUGUUUGAUGGGACGACUGGAACAGAAACUGUCAAGGUGUUUACAUGAAAUGAGAAUGUUGUUUUAGAAGAAAAACAUUUUAAUAAUACCAACAAAAAGCAAACCAUAAAAAUGUGAAGAGAGUGUGUGCUUUAGCUUUGUCACAGUUACCUGUGUCAAAAGGACAAAAAAAAAAUUCUCAGAUUUUGUUUACAUAUUUUACUACUUUUUUUGCUAGUGUAAUUUCUAGAGUACCCUGAUGUAUAUAAUGUUUUAUGGUUAAACUGGGAUUUUUUUUUGUUUGUUUUAGUUGAUUUAAUUAAUCUUAGUGGUUUGUUUUUUAUUUUUCCCCAAUUAUGUGAAAGGGAGUAACUUACUGUACAGAACAAUAACCUACUGGUUUCAUGGCCAUGACUGUCACGUGCAAAAAAAGCAAAAGAGGGGGAGAGAGACAAAAAGAAAAACAAACACAAAAUGAAUUGAAGACUUUGGAGUAUCACAAAUGUACAAUUUCUCUGUGUACAGAUGAAAACUAAUCAGCUGUUUAGAUUUAGAAAUCUACUCUUGCUGGUGUUUAUAAUUCGCAUGAAUAUUUGACUUUGAAGAAAAGUGUCAUCAAAUGCACACACGCACAUGGGAACAAAAUAAAAAGCAGCCUUCUCAAAUGUUUAGAGAAGAAGCUUUCGCAGUUAACAGCUCUUUCAGUGUGUGUGUGUGUGUGUGUGUGUCUGUGAGGUUGUUUUUUGGGUGGUUUAUUUUUUGUUUUGUUUGAUUUGUUUUUAAAUACUAAAAACUAAAAAAAGACAAGUUUUAAAAAGGUAUGAAAGCACGAUUUUAGACAACUUAACUGGCCGAACCUAUCUGAAGUUGAUUAUUUCUCAAUGUCUGUAAAAGAUUGCUGUUCUUGGAGUCUUGUGAAAUGAUUUCUUGCUUUCUUUCUUUCUUUUUUAUACCCUCCCCCUCCUUUUUUAAAAGAAAAAAAUCCCACGUUCUUUUCUGUUCUGUUACUUUUUUUUGUGUAAGUUUCUAUUUGACAUUUUUUUGGGAACGUGCAUUUCUGUAUGUGGGCUUCUACCAUACUCCUGUUGUUUUAUGCACAGAACCUCAAGGAUAUUCAUUUGAGUUAUUGUGACGUUACUGCUUUUUUCUCCCCUUCUUUCUUUCUUUCCUUCCUUUCUUAUUUGCAUUUUCAUUCAAGGAUAUGCUUAGCAAUAAAAUGUUCUUCCCAAAG